GUUUUAUAUAUUUGUAUAGGUAUAGAGAAAAAUAGAGAGAGAAUCUUCGAAAAAGAGUCGGGCUUGCGUGAAUUUGCAACACCUGGCGACUGCAAAGGCCGAGAGUUUCAGGAGGCCGCUUCUCUGCUCGCCACGAAGAACACCUUAAUUGACGUUGCGAAAAUUGGAAAAAAGAAAAAAGAGAGAGAAAAAGAAUUCGAAUCAUUUCUUUAAAUUUUUUUCCCCUAAAUUUCGAAUCCCUAUUAAUCAGAUCGUAUAUCAGUGGUUCGGUGGAGUCUGAUUCGUACUACUUUGAUCCAGCUGAUUGCUGCUUCAAACCGAGCGUUUGAGGUUCUAGUGGUCGAUUUUGUCUCAUUUCUAAAGCUUUUCGAAGGUUGGCUUUGGAGAUUUGGAGGUUUUUGCUUCAAGGAUUGUGAUAGCUGCUGAUUGGCACUUCUAGAGAGAGAAUUUUAGAGCGAGAAAAUUUAUUAGUAUGCUUCAAAGGUUUGGUUUUUACUGGAUUGAAGUCUAAGAUCGUUGCAAAGAAGAUAUUUGUUUUGGCUUUUGAUAUAAACUUUGAUCGUUGUUUGCAAUUUAAGGCACUCAUUUGUUGUUGACAUAUAAGUUUAGAUUUUUAGAGGAAUUGGCUAACUUGGGUUUGGGUUUUGGAUGAGUUUGGGACUCUGAAGAAUUGUUGAUUCAUGGUUCUGAGACUUUUGGAUUGUAUAGAUAUAGAUACAGGUAUAGGUUUCAUUUGAUUGGUUGGGGUUUAUACAAUUAGUCGACAUGGUUAGCGGAAAUAUAUUUCAUUGUAGAAGGAAUUCAUGGCCUCCUGAAGAGUAUAUAAACCGGGCAACAUUGCAGUUGCUUGAUUAUGAUAGUGCUGCUCCUCCAGAACAAGCUUGGAGAAGAAAAUUAAAUAGCCAUGCUAGUAUUCUUAAGGAAUUCAGUGUUACAUUUAUGGAAGCAAUAAAAAUGGUUCGACUUGGCAUACGAUUGUGGUCAUAUGUAAGGGAAGAGGCCUCUCAGGGAAGGAAAGCACCUAUUGAUCCUUUCACUCGAGAGAGUUGCAAGCCAUCAGCAUCCCAUGGGGUUCCACUUGGGGGGAUGGGAAGUGGCAGCAUAUCUAGAGGCUUUAGAGGCGAGUUCAGGCAUUGGCAAAUUAUUCCAGGCACAUGUGAGGCUUCGCCUGUCAUGGCCAAUCAAUUCUCUAUUUUCAUAUCUCGAGAUGGAGGAAAUAAAAAUUAUGCAUCAGUUUUAGCCCCGGGCCAACAUGAAGGUUUAGGGAAACCUAGUGAUCAAGGUAUAUCAUCAUGGGGCUGGAAUUUGAGUGGUCAGCAUUCGACAUAUCAUGCACUAUUUCCAAGGGCAUGGACAAUAUAUGAUGGUGAACCAGAUCCAGAACUAAAAGUGUCUUGUCGGCAAAUAUCACCAUUUAUACCGCAUAAUUAUAGAGAUAGCAGUCUUCCUACUGCUGUUUUUGUUUACACGCUGGUAAAUACUGGGAAGGAAAGGGCCAAAGUUAGCCUUCUUUUUACGUGGGCGAAUUCAAUUGGAGGCACCUCACACCUAUCUGGUGAUCAUGUGAAUGAACCAUUCAUAGGCGAAGAUGGAGUCUCUGGCGUACUUCUACAUCACAAGACCGCGAAAGGGAACCCUCCUGUUACUUUUGCCAUAGCUGCAUGUGAAACUCAGAAUGUAAGUGUGACUGUUCAGCCCUGUUUUGGGUUGUCUGAAGGAAGCUGCAUUACUGCGAAAGAUAUGUGGGGUAAAAUGGUGAAGGAUGGACACUUUGAUCGGGAGAACUUCAAUACUGGACCUAGCAUGCCUUCAUCACCUGGAGAGACACCUUGUGCUGCGGUUUCUGCUUCCGCAUGGGUUGAACCUCAUGGAAAAUGCACUGUUGCAUUUGCUCUUGCAUGGUCAUCCCCAAAAGUAAAAUUUAAGAAGGGAAAAUCAUAUCACAGGAGGUACACAAAAUAUUUUGGCACUUCUGACAGAGCAGCUCUCAACUUGGUGCACAAUGCAUUAACGAAUUAUAAGCAGUGGGAAGAAGACAUUGAGAAAUGGCAAAACUCUAUUCUGAGAGAUGACAGGCUACCAGAAUGGUACAAAUUUACAUUGUUUAACGAGCUGUACUUUUUGGUUUCUGGAGGAACAGUUUGGAUAGAUUCUCCAAUGCCAGCUGAAGAUGUGGGGAUUAAUGGGCAUCAAUCAGUGAUAGCAGAGAACAAAAACAUUAAAGUAACUGAAGACAAAGUAAACUUGAAACAAAGUACUCUUGUUCAGCAUUCCAUGAUUGAUAGUCAUGAUAGUACUGCUGAAAGUAUUUUAAAUGGUGUUGAUGAAGCAACUCUUACUUCGGGUAAUGCAGAAUCAGUGAUUUCUCAGAGAACAGAUUGCAAGUACUCUAGACAUCACUCAUCGUUUGACGCAGAGAAAGAUAGCAAUGAUGUGGGUAGGUUUCUGUACUUGGAAGGUGUGGAGUAUAUUAUGUGGUGCACAUAUGAUGUGCACUUCUAUGCAUCUUUUGCCCUUCUUGAACUAUUCCCCAAAAUCGAACUCAGUAUUCAGCGUGACUUUGCAAAAGCUGUCUUAAGUGAAGAUGGAAGAAAAGUGAAGUUUCUGGCAGAGGGAAAUUGUGGAAUCCGCAAGGUUAAAGGAGCCGUUCCUCAUGAUCUGGGAACUCAUGACCCAUGGCAUGAAAUGAAUGCAUAUAAUAUACAUGAUACAAGUAAAUGGAAGGAUCUAAACACGAAGUUUGUUCUUCAGGUGUAUAGAGAUUUUACUGCAACAGGGGAUUUGUCAUUUGGAGCAGACGUAUGGCCUGCUGUUUGUGCUGCAAUUGAGUACAUGGACCGCUUUGAUCGGGACAAUGAUGAUCUCAUUGAGAAUGAUGGAUUUCCGGAUCAGACAUAUGAUGCUUGGACGGUUCAUGGUAUAAGUGCUUACUGUGGUGGUUUGUGGCUUGCUGCCCUUCAAGCUGCAGCAGCAAUGGCCCUUCAACUGGGUGACAAUGCUUUUGCUGAAAGAUGCAAAACUAAAUUUUUGAAGGCCAAAUCAGUAUUUGAGGUAAAACUUUGGAAUGGUUCUUACUUUAACUAUGACAGUGGGUCAAGCAGCAACAGUAGAUCAAUCCAAGCUGAUCAACUGGCUGGGCAAUGGUAUACGGCAUCCUCAGGCUUGCCUGAUCUUUUCGAUGAUUUUAAGAUCCGAAGCUCUCUCCAGAAAAUAUACGAUUUCAAUGUUAUGAAAGUAAGGGGAGGUAGAAUGGGUGCUGUAAAUGGUAUGCAUCCCAGUGGGAAGGUUGAUGAGACUUGCAUGCAGUCACGUGAAAUAUGGACUGGAGUCACCUAUGCUGUCGCAGCAAACAUGAUCCUUGCUGGGAUGGAGGAACAGGCUUUUACUACAGCUGAAGGCAUAUUCAUUGCUGGCUGGUCAGAGGAGGGAUAUGGGUACUCAUUUCAGACUCCAGAGGCAUGGACCAUUGAUGGGCACUUCCGGUCCCUAUUAUAUAUGAGGCCACUUGCAAUUUGGGGAAUGCAAUAUGCAUUAUCCUUGCCUAAGGCUAUUCUUGAGGCCCCUAAGAUUAACAUAAUGGACAGAAUCGACAUAUCUCCUCACAUUACAAGAUCUUCUCAGAGUGACGCAGGUGUUAGAAAGAUCCCGACAAAAGCACGUUGCUUUAGCAAUUCCGUGUUUCAGUGUGCAUGCUGACUAUCACAUGUAAGUUCUUGAUCGGUGUAGAGCUUUGUUCAUUAAAUGUAUGUUUGCUUCCUCAAACCCUCUUAAGGUAUAAGGAAAAUGCUGAAAAGAGGUUUGAGGGAAGUUUUCUUCCAGAGACAGGUAAUAAAAGUCUGGAUGUAACCUAGCUAUUCUAAGUUAGAUAUAAGAUAAUAGGACUUUCAUGUCCUUUUAAAAGAGAUUUUGCACAGAAUAUGAUUUUGAAAAUUCAUUCAUUACUUCAUUUGUAUCAAUAUAGUCCAAAUCCUUAAAUCUGGGUGCAGUAAAUGGAUUUUAACAAUUAGAAGCGUAAUGAAGUCGAAAAGGUUGGGUUGUGACUUGUAAUGCAGUAGAAGAGGUUGGGUUGUGACUUGUAAUACUUUGGUUGAGAUGCAAAAUCUAGGACAUGUCUUCGUUUUUUGGUCAGUCAAAAUCCGGAACAUAUCACUAAGUCAUUAUGUUGUAAAAUGUUGGGCUCAGUAGACAGUAGAAUUGUUGCAUCAAAAUAUGAACUUGCUUUUA